UUAUUUUGUUUAUAAAAUAUUAAGUUACAUUGACGUGCAUUGAGCCUUAACAUCUUUGCCGCCUAGUGAAAUAAAUCGCCCAAUGAGACCCCCGCAUUCCCGCUCAAGUAGUGUCGCACGGCGCACGCACCUCCUAUUUGAAAAAAAUAAAAAAAUUGAAUUUAGAACGAUGAACACUGAAGAAAAUUAUUACAGUGACUAUGGUAGUGGCAGCUCUUCGAAUUCUUCCACAACAUGGCCACCGCAGGAUGUGUGGACGUACAAGACGUCCCCGAUAGAACGACCCGCCGAAAAGAAGUCUGCCAGCUACCAGGACUUGGUGACAGGGAGGUGCACCCUGGAAGACAUAAUGAAGGAGUUCCGUAUGAAUGGGCUGGACUCACCAUACACUCCUGAGGAAGACAGGAUCUGGAACAACCCGGGCAAUCGUUCUGAUACCCUCGGUGGCAUGGGCCCGGCGAGUGUGUACUUGCGCCAGAAGUCGUGGCCGGAGCCCGAGCGCUCCCCGGCGCCGCGCCUGCCGCGCCCGCACUCCGAGUGGCUGCCCUCACUCACUGCCGAGGAGUUCUACCCUAAGGAGUUUCAACCUAAGGAGUUCCAUCCAAGGGAGUUCCAACCUAAGGAGUUCUCUAAUCACACUCCUGUUGAAGCUAGUGCUCCGCCGUCGAGUCUGUCAUCUGACCAGAUGCGAGUACUGCAGUCUCUGCCCAACGCCGUGGUGAACGCACUGCUGCAGGAGAUAGAGCGCAGGCCUGACCUCGUGAGGCGGGGCAGGAAACCUGCGGUGCAGGAGUGUCGGUUCUGCAAGAACAACGGCGAGCGCGAGUCGUACUACCGCGGGCACGCGCUGAAGGACGCGCGCGGCGCCGUGGCCUGCCCCGUGCUGCGCGCCUUCGUCUGUCCGCGCUGCGGCGCCCAAGGGGACGCCGCGCAUACCUCCAAGUACUGCCCACUCGCCACUGCUGACGAACGUAUGAAAUCCACUGCCAUGAUGCGCAGUGUCCGCAUGGCAUCAGGUCGUCGCCGCAACAACACAGUCGCGACAUCUGUCGCCGCCGCCGACAACUACAUGAUGUUUGGAGAGGCAACGCCAACUCUCAUCUCUGACACAGACACAUACAAAACAUUCGUACAAAGUUCCCCACUUGACCCACUGUGGGCCGCUCUUGAAAAAAAGUUAAUGCUAUAAUCAAAUAAUUAUUUCCCAGUUUUGGUAGCAAAAAAAUAAAUUAAGUUUUAUUUUACAACUGCUAUUAAAACUACCACCUAGUUGAUUCUAUUACAGAUAGAUGGCGCUGUACUCAAUAAAGCGGGAAAGAAGAUUUAUUUUUAUGUUUUCGUUAUUAAAUCAAAAUAAUCUAGUAUUAUGAAUAUUGACUGAUACAUUAUAAGUGUUUAAUAUGUUUAUAAUAUGUUGACUAUUGUUAAAUAAAUCGUGGUGUUGUACGAUGCCAGUAUUAAUUUGUUAUCAAAGUUAGAUCAAAGAUAAUAAUGUUGAUGUUUGUAUUCUAUGUUUAUUUGCUGGUAAACACCAGUUAUAUAGCAAUAAGUUCAUUAACAAUGUUUUAUUAAAAUGUAGACAUUGCACACUUGCAUUGAUAAGAUUCUGAUUGAUAAGAUACCGACAACUGCCAAAUGUAGUUGUUUAGGUAUAAAUUAAUUUGUUAAUUCUAUCUUUUAAGUGUGACCAAGCUUUGCAAAGCAGGAAUUGCCUAUCAUAAAAUCAUUUUAUACCAUUUUAAUUACACAUAGUGUAUAAAAUAAAUAAAUCAGAAUCACAAAACAUGCGGAUAUUUUAACAGUAAAAAUGAACUGCUGAACAUUUAAAAAGCAAUAUUAAAAUUAAAUAUUCUCAAUACAUUUUCUUGAAUCAAUGAUGAGUAUUGAUAAUAAAAUGUUAAUGGCGAAUGAAUUUGUAACACUGAACUAAUUAAAUUACUGUUGAGGCCGUUAUUUUGAAUUUUUUCAAACCUGAAUCGGUCUAGAUUUCGUUUCAUAAAGUUUGAAUAAAUUACCAAUCUUAACAGCAAUUAAAAUUUAUUUAGCUACAGUUAUCUUGAAAGUAGAACGACAUAAUGUUACUGUUCUGUUAAACAAACUAAAUACAUAGCUACUGAACAUAUUUAUUUAAUCACAUUUUCAUCGUUUACAAAUACAUAAUAAUAAAUUUUAUUCAGACUCUGUUAUUUUAUUAAUGUUGCCAAAAUAAGUUGUUAAUAAUUUUUGAAUAAAUUAUUCAACUUAUUUAAGUAUUAAUUUAUUUUAUCUUAUUCAGGUUAUUGAUUUAUUACAGGAUAUUCAAUUUGGAGUCCGCAUGUCAAUAAAUAUUUUGGAUUCUUUAUGCUUCUAGUAUUAAUUUCUUACUUGUCUAAUAAGUUGACUAUUAAUUUGUCAUAGUCUAGUAUGCUAUUAUUAGUCGCUAGAUCAUCUAGAUUUUUAUUUUGUUGAUCAUUAUGUUGUUAGAACAUUUAUUAUUCACUAUAAAAUGGUGGAGGUGUCUUUUGGGGAUCAAAUAAAUCGGAUCAAAUA